CUCACCUUUGCCUUUGGUCCACCGUCAAGACAAUGCACACAUUCACGUACCAGGCUCUUGGUUUCAACUGCAAUUGCUAUAGGAGAUACAAGGCCUCAAAUGACCGUUAAUAGGCUUGAUUGAUUACGCGGUUGAAACUGGAACCUGAUUUGAGCCAUGUUCGCCGAGCCGUCUAGUUUCUCUCCUUUUUUGGUUUCAGGGCGCGAAAGAGUUCACCUAGAUAAAAGGUGUACUCUUCCUGUUUCCGGUAGUCAGGAGUUUCUUCGAGCUCUCCUCGCGCUUUGCAUCGUCCUUCACAUACCUGAUCAUGUUUCUACUUCAUUUUUUCCGAUUCGUGGUUGUUGCUGGACUUUCAAGGAGCAGUCAAACAGUCAGUAUUGGCCCCAAGGCUGACUUGCCGAUCGUUAAUGCGCGUAUCGCUCCGGAUGGCUUCUCUCGUGCAACAGUUCUGGCCGGGGGCACCUUUCCCGGGCCCGCAAUCACUGGAAAGAAAGGAGAAACAUUCGAAAUCAACGUGAUUGACGACUUGACAGACCCAACGAUGCCGCGAGCGACCUCGAUUCAUUGGCAUGGGCUAUUCGUAUCAGGCGCGAGCUGGGCAGACGGAGCCACGAGUGUCACCCAAUGUCCCAUCUCUCCCGGCCAAUCCUUCAAGUAUGAGAUUCCGAAUCCCGAACAAGCUGGAACAUUUUGGUAUCACUCCCACUUAAAGGCUCAGUUUUGUGACGGUCUUCGCGGACCCCUGGUCAUUUACGACCCGCAUGAUCCUCAUUCAAAUCUAUAUGAUGUCGAUGACGGUGAUAGGAAAAUCCUUAUAUCCUUUCUUCAAGUUUUGAUGUGUGUUCUCGAUGACAGAAAGCACUAUCAUCACCCUCGCCGAUUGGUAUCGUACGUUCGACACGUCUUUCUUGGUGUUCCGGAAAAUGACAUUUUCCCAGAUCAGCCUUCCUCCGUUUAUGAGAACCUUAGGGGCGUGCUUCAGGCGAAUUCAACUCUCAUCAACGGGCUUGGUCGCUAUAAAGGUGGCCCGGAUAGUCCACUUGCAGUUAUAUAUGUUGAACAAGGAAAACGCUAUCGGUUCCGACUUGUUUCCAUGUCGUGUGAUCCCCACUUCAAUUUUUCAAUUGAUCAGCACGCCUUGAAGAUCAUCGAGGUUGAUGGGGUGAACCAUCAGCCUCUCGAUAUAGAUUCCCUACAGAUCUUUUCAGGUCAACGUUAUUCUUUUGUGCUUCACGCUGACCAACCGGUGGACAACUAUUGGAUCCGGGCUAACCCUGAUUUUCCUGGCAUACCUGGCUUUGAUGGCGGUAUCAAUCAAGCCAUCCUACGCUACAGAGGGGCAGCCAAAAGAGACCCCGAGGGCAGGAACAUUACGACUACGAAUCUUCUCAAGGAGACGGACCUUCGGCCCCUCGAGAGCCCCGAGGCUCCUGGUGCACCUAACAUUGAUGGUGCUGAUGUUUCACUAAACAUGGCGCUGGGUUUUAACUUCGAAACCGGACUUUUCAAUAUAAGUGGCGUGCCUUUCACUCCCCCCACAGUUCCCGUUCUUUUACAGAUCCUUAGUGGUGCAGCGUCUGCCCAGUCACUUCUACCAAAGGGUUCCGUUUACCCGUUACCUGGAAACAAGACGAUUCAGAUCUCGUUGCCAGCGGGGGACACCGUCGGUGCACCGCAUCCUAUGCAUUUGCACGGACACACGUUCAGCGUCAUUCGUAGUGCGGGCAGUCAGGAGUACAACUACGUCAAUCCCGUUCGGAGAGACGUUGUCAGUACUGGUGGUUCGACGGACAAUGUGACCAUCCGCUUCCGGACCGAUAAUGCUGGACCGUGGUUCUUACAUUGUCAUAUUAAUCCACAUUUCGAGCAUGGUUUAGCUGUCGUACUCGCUGAAGACAUUCCGGAGAUCAGAAGCCUUGCUGCUACCAAUGGCGCCUGGAAGGAGCUUUGUCCUAUUUAUGACGCACUACAUGAGAAUCUCUAA